CGGCUCCCGGCCUCCGCGUCGUUGCCGCGGUUGCCAGGAGAGCGGCGCCGGCGGGGAGCGGCCGAGCCCACGGCAGGUGAUGAUUUUACAUGACUUUGGAACUGGUCUCUAGUGGAACGCUGUGGGAGGAUGAACACAGAAGAGCUGGAGUUACUGAGUGACUCCAAAUACAGAAACUAUGUAGCCGCAAUUGACAAAGCACUAAAGAAUUUUGAAUAUUCCAGUGAAUGGGCAGAUUUGAUAUCGGCACUUGGAAAACUUAAUAAGGUUUUACAAAAUAAUGCAAAGUACCAGGUAGUACCCAAAAAGCUGACUAUAGGCAAACGCCUAGCUCAAUGCCUACAUCCAGCAUUACCAGGUGGAGUUCAUCGAAAGGCACUUGAAACAUAUGAAAUUAUCUUUAAAAUCAUUGGACCCAAGAGACUUGCCAAAGAUCUUUUUUUAUACAGUUCUGGAUUAUUUCCUCUUCUUGCAAAUGCUGCCAUGUCUGUGAAACCAACAUUGCUAAGUUUGUAUGAGAUAUAUUACCUGCCUUUGGGUAAAACACUGAAGCCUGGUCUACAAGGAUUGCUAACUGGUAUUCUGCCUGGCUUAGAAGAAGGAUCGGAGUACUACGAGAGAACAAACACUUUGCUGGAGAAGGUUGCUGCUGCAGUGGACCAGUCUGCGUUCUACAGUGCCCUCUGGGGGAGUCUUCUCACCAGUCCUGCUGUGCGUUUACCAGGAAUCACAUACGUUCUCGCCCAUUUGAACAGAAAGCUUUCCAUGGAAGAUCAACUUUAUAUAAUUGGCAGUGAUAUUGAGCUAAUGGUAGAAGCAGUAAGUACUUCCGUGCAGGACUCAAGUGUACUUGUACAGAGAAGCACACUGGACCUCAUACUCUUCUGUUUUCCCUUCCACAUGAGUCAGGCCACUCGACCAGAUAUGAUCAGGAUCUUGUCAGCAGCUCUUCAUGUAGUACUGAGGAGGGAUAUGUCCCUGAACCGAAGACUUUAUGCAUGGCUUCUUGGUUUUGAUAACAACGGUGCUAUCAUAGGACCCAGAAGCACAAGACACAGUAAUCCUGAAGAACAUGCUACUUACUAUUUCACUACCUUUUCAAAAGAAUUGUUGGUCCAGGCAAUGGUGGGCAUCUUACAAGUGAAUGGAUUUGGAGAAGAGAGCACUUUAAUGCAGGAUCUAAAACCUUUUCGUAUUUUAAUCAGUUUACUUGACAAACCUGAGCUAGGACCUGUAAUUCUGGAAGAUGUCCUAAUUGAAGUAUUUAGAACAUUAUAUUCCCAAUGCAAAGCAGAAUUGGAUCUUCAAAUGGAACCACCCUUCAGCAAGGAUCAUGCUCAGUUAAGCAGUAAAUUAAGGGAAAAUAAGAAAACAGCAGAGCUGAUUAAAACUGCCAACCUUCUCUUUAAUUCCUUUGAGCCUUAUUAUAUGUGGGAUUACGUUGCACGUUGGUUUGAAGAAUGUUGUAGGAGGACACUGCAUGCCAGACUUCAGAUUGGGCCUGGAGAUAGUAGUGAGUCAUCUGAGUUACAGCUGACCAAUUUCUGCUUACUGGUGGAUUUUUUGUUGGAUAUAGUUUCUUUGCCUACUAGAAGUAUGAGGGUGUUGUGUCAGGAGACUUAUAUUGAAAUCCAGACUGAACACUUGCCCCAGUUGCUCCUCAGGAUGAUUUCUGCCCUGACAAGCCAUCUCCAGACAUUACACUUGUCUGAACUCACAGAUUCACUCAGGCUCUGCUCAAAGAUCCUUAGCAAGGUGCAACCUCCACUCUUGUCUGCCAGCACUGGAGGUGUGUUGCAGUUUUCAAGUGGGCACAACAACUCAGUCAAAGAAUGGGAAGACAAAAAGGUAUCAUCAGUGUCUCUUGAAAAUCCUACUGAAGUAUUUGAAGAUGGAGAAAACCCACCAAGCAGUCGAUCAUCAGAGAGUGGAUUUACUGAAUUUAUACAGUAUCAAGCAGACCGAAGUGAUGAUAUCGACAGAGACCUGAGUGAGGGGCAGGGGACAGCUGCCAUUCCCAUCGGUAGCACAUCCUCUGAGACCGAAACGGCCUCCACCGUAGGAUCUGAAGAAACCAUCAUCCAGGCCCCUUCCAUAGUCACCCAGGGGACAGCACCCCGAAGUGGGAAGACAGCCCAAAAAACUGCAAUGCAAUGUUGCUUGGAGUAUGUCCAGCAGUUUCUCACUAGACUUAUCAACCUCUACAUCAUUCAGGGCAACUCUUUUUCUCAGGCUUUGGCUACAGAGCAUUCAGGGGAUCUCAGUAGAGAGCAAGAAGAGACUUCAAAAUGGGAUAGGGAUUCCCAUGGAGAUGUAAAGGAGAGAAACAUAAGUAAACAGAAAACUUCAAAAGAAUACCUUUCCGCCUUCCUUUCUGCCUGCCAGCUCUUCCUGGAGUGCUCCAGUUUCCCAGUUUACAUUGCUGAGGGGAACCAUACUUCAGACCUACAUUCUGAGAAGUCUGAGACUGACUGGGAGCACGUGCAGCCUCCGCUGUGGCUCCAGACCCUGAUGAAUGCUUGCAGCCAAGCAAGCGAUUUCAGUGUGCAGAGUGUUGCUAUUUCAUUAGUCAUGGACCUGGUGGGACUGACUCAGUCUGUGGCCAUGGUCACUGGGGAGAACAUCAACAGUGUGGAGCCUGCACAGCCCUUAAGUCCAAACCAGGGAAGAGUGGCGGUAGUUAUUAGACCUCCCCUCACUCCAGGCAAUCUGAGAUACAUUGCUGAGAAGACUGAAUUUUUCAAGCAUGUAGCUUUAACAUUGUGGGAUCAGCUGGGAGAUAGGACACCUCAGCACCAUCAGAAAAGUGUGGAACUGUUUUAUCAACUACAUAACUUGGUUCCUUCUUCUAGCAUCUGUGAGGAUGUUAUAAGUCAGCAGUUAACCCAUAAAGAUAAGAAAAUAAGGAUGGAAGCACAUGCAAAGUUUGCAGUUCUUUGGCAUCUGACAAGGGAUCUCCAUAUAAAUAAGUCGUCAUCUUUUGCACGUUCUUUUGACAGGUCACUGUUCAUCAUGUUAGAUAGCCUUAACAGUCUUGAUGGUUCUACCAGCUCUGUGGGACAAGCCUGGCUGAACCAAGUGCUACAAAGACAUGAUAUUGCAAGAGUUUUGGAACCAUUGCUAUUGCUCCUGCUUCAUCCCAAAACUCAGAGGGUUUCAGUGCAGCGUGUACAAGCAGAACGCUAUUGGAAUAAGGCUCCCUAUUAUCCCGGAGAAGAGAGUGACAAGCAUUUCAUGCAAAAUUUUGCCUGCAGCAAUGUAAGCCAAGUACAACUCAUUGCAUCUAAAGGAAGUGGUGAAAAGCCACUCACUAUGGACGAAAUAGAGAACUUUAGUCUCACUGUUAAUCCAUUGAGUGACAGACUUUCCCUUCUAAGUACCAGCAGUGAGACAAUUCCAAUGGUUGUAUCUGAUUUUGAUCUUCCAGACCAACAGAUAGAAGUACUUCAGAGUUCCGACUCUGGAUGCUCACAGUCCUCUGCUGGGGACAACUUGAGUUACGAAGUAGAUCCUGAAAAUGUGAACGCCCAAGAAGAUUCUCAAGUGCCAGGUGCAAGCUCCCCAGAUGAUGAUGUUCAGCAGGUAGUGUUUGACCUGAUAUGUAAAGUCGUAAGUGGCCUCGAAGCAGAAUCUGCAUCAUUGACAUCUCAGUUAGAAAUGGAAGCUGUGCCCCCAGAGCACAGUGAUGUAGGUCCAGGCGAGGAGGCCCUUAAAACUGACGAGCAGUCUGCUCCGCAGGGUCAGAGUGCUUUGCUGAGUAACGACAGUUCUCAGUUGCUGGCUGUGUCUGCAGAGGGAGACCGUGAGUGUGUGGCAAAUGGAAUCUCCAGAAAUAGUUCCUCACCUUGUAUUUCAGGAACCACACAGAUUCUCCAGGACUCUAAUGUUGCUUCCAUAGAAACUAAAUCCAGGCAGAGGAGUCACAGCAGUAUUCAGUUCAGCUUCAAAGAAAAAUUAUCAGAAAAAGUCUCUGAGAAAGAGACCAUUGUUAAGGAGUCAGGUAAACAACCGGGAGCAAAACCUAAAGUAAAACUUGCCAGAAAAAAGGAUGACGACAAGAAAAAAGCUUCAAAUGAAAAACUCAAACAAACCAGUGUAUUCUUCAGCGAUGGUCUGGAUUUAGAGAACUGGUACAGCUGUGGAGAAGGAGAGAUUUCUGAAAUUGAGAGUGAUAUGGGUUCUCCAGGAUCACGGAAAUCUCCCCAUUUCAACAUCCACCCACUCUAUCAGCAUGUGCUUCUGUAUCUCCAGUUGUAUGAUUCAUCAAGGACUCUGUAUGCUUUUUCUGCCAUCAAAGCCAUCUUGAAAACUAACCCUAUUACUUUCGUAAAUGCCAUUUCAACCACUAGUGUAAAUAAUGCAUAUACCCCUCAGUUGUCUCUGCUUCAGAAUCUCUUGGCCAGACACCGGAUUUCUGUUAUGGGCAAAGACUUUUAUAGUCACAUUCCAGUAGACUCUAAUCAUAACUUCCGGAGUUCUAUGUAUAUAGAAAUUCUUAUUUCCCUCUGCUUAUAUUACAUGAGAAGCCAUUACCCAACUCACGUCAAGGUCACUGCACAAGAUUUAAUAGGCAAUCGAAACAUGCAGAUGAUGAGCAUAGAAAUUUUGACACUUCUCUUUACUGAGCUGGCAAAAGUAAUAGAAAGCUCAGCAAAGGGUUUCCCUAGUUUUAUCUCUGACAUGUUAUCUAAGUGCAAAGUUCAGAAAGUGAUUCUUCACUGUUUGCUGUCAUCUAUCUUUAGUGCACAGAAAUGGCAUAGUGAGAAAAUGGCAGGUAAAAACAUGGUUGCCGUGGAAGAAGGUUUCUCAGAAGACAGCCUUAUCAAUUUCUCAGAGGAUGAAUUUGACAAUGGCAGCACACUCCAGUCACAGCUUCUUAAAGUGCUUCAGAGGCUCAUUGUUCUAGAACACCGGGUAAUGACUAUCCCCGAAGAGAAUGAAACGGGUUUCGAUUUCGUCGUAUCUGACCUGGAACACAUCAAUCCCCAUCAGCCCAUGACUUCUCUUCAGUAUUUGCAUGCUCAGCCAAUUACAUGUCAAGGCAUGUUCCUCUGUGCAGUAAUACGAGCUUUGCAUCAACACUGUGCUUGUAAGAUGCACCCACAGUGGAUUGGUUUAAUCACAUCUACUCUGCCUUACAUGGGAAAAGUUCUACAGAGAGUGGUUGUUUCUGUGACACUACAGCUUUGCAGAAAUUUAGAUAAUCUAAUUCAGCAGUACAAAUAUGAAACAGGAUUAUCUGAUAGUAGGCCUCUGUGGAUGGCAUCAAUCAUUCCACCAGAUAUGAUUCUUACUCUUUUAGAAGGGAUCACAGCCAUUAUUCAUUACUGUUUGUUGGAUCCUACUACUCAGUAUCACCAACUUUUGGUCAACGUAGACCAAAAACACUUGUUUGAAGCCCGCAGUGGAAUCCUCUCCAUUCUUCACAUGAUCAUGUCCUCUGUGACUUUGCUCUGGAGCAUCCUGCAUCAGGCUGAUUCCUCAGAAAAGAUGGCUGUUGCUGCCUCUGCGUCUGUCACCACUAUUAAUCUUGGAGCCACAAAGAACUUGAGACAACAGAUCCUUGAAUUAUUGGGCCCCAUUUCAAUGAAUCAUGGUGUUCAUUUUAUGGCUGCUAUUGCAUUUGUGUGGAAUGAAAGAAGACAAAACAAAACGACCACCAGGACCAAGGCCUGUGUGCCCACGUACGUGCAUAACCGCAGUGAUGUGUUUAUCCAGGUCAUCCCUGCAGCCAGUGAAGAGCAGCUCUUACUAGUAGAACUGGUUCGCUCCAUCAGUGUCAUGAGAGCAGAAACCGUUAUGCAGACCGUGAAAGAAGUUUUAAAGCAGCCCCCAGCCAUAGCCAAGGACAAGAAACACCUUUCUUUGGAAGUCUGCAUGCUUCAGUUUUUCUAUGCUUAUAUUCAAAGAAUUCCAGUGCCCAAUUUAGUGGAUAGCUGGGCAUCAUUGUUGAUACUUCUGAAAGACUCCAUACAACUGAGUCUUCCAGCCCCAGGGCAGUUUCUUAUACUUGGGGUUCUGAAUGAGUUCAUUAUGAAAAACCCUACUUUGGAAAAUAAGAAAGACCAAAGAGACCUUCAGGAUGUGACUCAUAAAAUAGUGGAUGCAAUUGGUGCCAUUGCUGGUUCUUCUUUAGAACAGACAACAUGGCUGCGACGAAAUCUUGAAGUUAAGCCUUCUCCCAAAAUAAUGGUGGAUGGGACCAAUUUGGAAUCUGAUGUUGAAGAUAUGUUAUCACCUGCAAUGGAAACCUCAAACAUAACUCCUUCUGUAUAUAGUGUCCAUGCACUGACAUUACUUUCUGAGGUUUUGGCUCAUCUUUUGGAUAUGGUUUUCUAUAGUGAUGAGAAGGAACGGGUUAUUCCUUUACUUGUAAAUAUUAUGCAUUAUGUUGUACCCUACCUCCGAAAUCACAGUGCACAUAAUGCUCCUAGUUACCGAGCCUGCGUCCAGCUGCUUAGUAGUCUUAGUGGGUAUCAGUACACACGGAGAGCUUGGAAAAAAGAAGCCUUUGACCUCUUUAUGGAUCCCAGUUUCUUUCAGAUGGACGCCUCUUGUGUUAAUCAUUGGAGAGCAAUAAUGGACAAUCUGAUGACACAUGAUAAAACAACAUUUAGAGACUUGAUGACUCGUGUAGCUGUGGCUCAGAGCAGUUCACUUAAUCUCUUUGCAAACCGUGAUGUGGAGCUAGAGCAAAGAGCCAUGCUUCUCAAAAGAUUAGCAUUUGCUAUUUUUAGCAGUGAAAUUGACCAGUACCAGAAAUAUCUUCCAGAUAUACAAGAGAGAUUGGUUGAGAGUCUCCGUUUGCCCCAGGUGCCAACUCUUCACUCUCAAGUGUUCCUGUUUUUCAGAGUAUUACUUUUAAGAAUGUCUCCACAACAUCUUACCUCACUCUGGCCUACCAUGAUUACAGAACUUGUACAGGUAUUUUUACUGAUGGAGCAGGAACUCACUGCUGAUGAAGAUAUUUCACGGACUUCAGGCCCCUCUGUGGCUGGUCUGGAGACAACCUACACAGGAGGUAAUGGCUUUUCUACUUCAUAUAACAGCCAGCGAUGGUUAAACCUCUAUCUAUCUGCUUGCAAAUUUUUGGAUUUGGCUCUGGCGUUGCCCUCCGAAAAUCUUCCUCAGUUUCAGAUGUACCGAUGGGCCUUUAUCCCAGAAGCCUCCGAUGAUUCGGGUUUGGAAGUCCGAAGGCAGGGCAUACAUCAACGAGAAUUUAAACCUUAUGUAGUUCGACUAGCGAAACUUCUUCGGAAAAGGGCAAAGGACAAGGAGGAGGACUUUAAGACAGUGAUUUUGGAGGGAUUGGAGAUGGCCAAGCAUCAGAAAAACCCAGAGGAAGACAACUCAGGGAGAACGUUGGGUUGGGAGCCGGGGCACUUGCUGCUUACCAUCUGCACCGUGCGCAGUAUUGAGCAGCUGCUGCCAUUCUUCAAUGUACUCAGCCAAGUCUUCAACAGCAAAGUCACCAGCCGAUGUGUAGGACACUCAGGGAGCCCCAUCCUCUACUCAAACACCUUCCCGAAUAAGGACAUGAAACUGGAAAACCACAAACCCUUUUCCAGCAAAGCCAGGCAAAAAAUAGAAGAGAUGGUAGAAAAAGAUUUUCUGGAAGGGGUCAUAAAAACUUGAAGCACCACAAGUGGUUCCAUUUAGUUAAAUGUAAUUAUUUAAAACAAACAUUGCUCUGAGUUGUAUAGGUUUUUUUUUCUUUUUUGUAUGUAACAAAACACAUUUCAGGUUGUAUUUAAUUUAAAUAUUUGUAAAUAAGAGCAAAUGUCUGAAUGUGGCCUGAAUCAAGUUUAAAUAUUGUUGGCUCAUAUUGAUUAUGGUGCCUAAGAGAGAUCUAUAUAUACAUAUAUAGUCCAUUGUUUUAUUGUCCUGAGUUGUCUUAAACCUGCAAAAUACACACUGCACAUUUUUUGCUGUUGGUUUCAGGCUUUGUUUAAUUUAGACUCGUUGGGAUCUUCUUUCCAUUAUUAACCACAUUCCAGUAUCAGAAUGGUGGCGCUUCUCUGGCAGAGGCUUGGUGUCAAGUAUGACAGUUAGUGUUCUCCCACAUACCUGCACUAAGAGGGAUAAAGAGUAACUGAAGCCUGGGCUAUGCAUCCUCAUAAACGUAGCACAAGCAUCUCAACCUGAGUACAGAGUAGAGAUGCACAACCUCCAUGUCACACUCUGAACGCCUGGUGAUGUUACGUGACGAGGUAAGUCACUGAAGAAUCAUUCUAAAUUUUGCUGUGGAAAAAUUGGUUGUGUAAAGUCUUCUCCACCCUCCCCCUCCGUAUCAACAAUGGUGAAUCCUGCAAAAUAACGAUCACGGUUAGGUAACGGCAAUGGAAAAGACAUUCCAAGGAGUUGGUAGUAAGGUUUAAUUUUCCAGCAGCCCUCAUGAAUUUGUCCCUGAAUGUACUAUAAAGGUAAUGAUUAAGCCCCGAGCACUUUACAUUAGUGAGACUGAAAUUCGGUUCAAGUUUCACUUUAACAGGUAAAAGGUUUCCCUAUUUCUAAAUAAUAGUUGUGGUAGUGUUUAAGAAAAACAGUCAGAUCUAGAAACAAUCUAGUAAGGUGCAUCGUAAACAUGAUUACAAAUGUGUCUGAACCUGUCACAUUAGUGGCAGUACUAUUAUUUUGUAAAAAGUUCUUAAAAAUCCAGUUUGUCAUGAAUAUAAAAAUUAUCUUCAGAAACCUGGUUAGGGUGUUUCUCCAACUCCUCCAGCCAGCUGAAAUACUGCCAAGCUGACUGCACGUGCAAGGCUAUCCGCAUUUUCCUGAAAAUGACACAAAAGGAGAUUAGAGGAGAAAGACAGCAUCUAUCAGGUAACUUACAACUCUGAGGGAAGGGAAGAGAACUUUUUGUCUCACUAGCAUACUCAGAUGAAAAUUUUUCUUUUUUUUUUUUUCACCUUUCAGUAACAAAUUCCAAGAUUCUUAAAUAAAUGGAAAACUCAAAUUCUUCCAAAUCCGGUGAGUUCUUGGUUAAUCAAAUCAAAUUGUAAAAUUAGUUAUUCCAAAAUUCUGAAUAAAUUCAAUAAAACCUAGUCCUUAAAAGUACGGCCACAAUUGGCCUAAGUGUAAGUAACCAUUAAAGUCCCAGAUGGCCUCUCCCCAUCCACCAGCAAUUUCUAUUCACUAUAUUCUGGGAUGGCCUAAGCUUCUGCCAAAAAGCUGCCAGCUCCCUUAUAAGGGCCCCCUUCUGAGUGCCUAUUCAACCCACUCUAGACUGCCUUAGCUGUGCAAACACUGAUCAAGGGUUUAAGAGUAAAAGAGUGUGUGAAGAGGGCAAAGUUUAAAAAAUCGAGACCGUGAAGUCUUGACCCUGUUAGGAAAAGAGCAGAGGCACAGAGCGAGGCUGUUUAAAGGAAAUUAUUUUGAAAAACAAAUCAAAAGUCCAGAGACAAAGAUGAAUUUCCAUCAACCUGGAUGAUGGUACCAGUUAACUUAGACAUGUACCUCAAAGCCUGUUGUUUUCAUAAAGCAACAGGAUUAUGUUUUUAAAGGAGUUUUUAAAAGAUCAUCCACUUCAGGCCACAGAAGACUAAUGCGUGGCAAAGUAUCUACUGAUUAUUCAUGCCAUGGUUAGAAAUAGGAAGUCUGGAAUAAAAAGAAAAAUAUUUGGGGAAAUAAACUAAGUUGGUCUAAUUUUGUUCAACGACUGAUGAAAGUACUCUUACAGUCUUAAUAUGAACCUAAAAAUCUCCAUAAACAAUUAUCACAGUGAGACUGCAACACUAUUAAAAUAGUUUUCUUUUCUCUCCUACUACGACCCCCACUACCCAUGGUAUCAGACUCUCACCGCAUUAUUUUUUCAAUAGAACCAUCCCAGCUUACCUGCGAGUCUGCUUCUGCAUAUACUCGGACUACAUCUUCCGUACCAGAAGGCCGGACAAAAGCUCGGGAAAGCUUGUAUUUCUUCACCAGGUCAUUGAUUGCCUCCUGUAGUCCUGGAGGUGUAACUACUUGUCUUUCAGCAUCAGUGGUGCUAAUAACUUGCCUGUCUGCAACCUAUGCACAAGCAUUUCAUAUCUGUUACUAUAUAAGCCUAACCUGUUCAACAGAAUUCCCACCAAAAGACUGUGGCCAUUUCAACAGUAACAGACCUACAUUUCAGCUUAUUGUACCACAGAGUGCAACUACAUUAAAAUUUUAUAAUUUUUAUUUCUGCCAAAAUCAGGAUUAUUAAUUUCAGUUGUAGCUUUAAAGGUUGCCUUUAGCAAAAACAGGCAACAUUUCCACAGUCUUACAGUUACCACUACAAUAGUGGCCAGGAAGGACUGUAUUUUUAAGUCCCUGGUCAAAUAACUAUUUCUAUAAACUGUUGACAAAGCAGCAACCUAUUAUGUAAGAGGGUCAUGAUAAAAAUCUCCUAAAUAUGCCAAUCAGUAGCCACUUCUGUGACCUCGGGCUUUACUACCUCUAAUUGUCUUUCACAAAUCCUGUUGGUGAGUAUGUACACUGGCAUAAAGCUGUACAGAAAUCAAUGAGCAUUUAUAUGAACUGCCUUUAAAAAAUUUCUUGCCAUUUAAGCCCAGAGAUCCUACUUCUCAGCAUCUAGCUAGCCCCAGGAAGUUCUGCGUGACCCAAGAAUAAUUCAAAGGAAAUAUUUUCACUUGCAAUAAUAGGCUAGCAGGAUUGCUUCAAAAUAACAUGGGAGCUAUGGAGAAUGGGGAAGGACAAUAGCUGAAAUCUGUAGAACACAGCGGUUUCAUUUUUUUGUUCUCUCCACAUUUAUAUUUGUUUUAAAUUUUCCACAAUAAAAUCUUUAUUAUAAAGAA